AUAUGUAGGUAUAGCUAUGUACUUUCCAAUAUUUCAGUGACAUUAUUGCACACCAGUGACAGUGCCAAUAGCCCCCGCCAAGUCCUCCUGCGCAACGCAGUGUACCGUGGUAUGCGCGGGCGCAAGGAUGCCGCUGUUUCGAACAAAAUUUUAUGCUGCCGCUCUCGUGUUUUAUUCAGGCGUUUUAUGUCAACGAAAGCCGAUAAAAGAGGCUCUAUUUUUAAACAGUGAUACUUUCGGUAACUCUACAUUAGAAGAUUGCGUGUGGAAGCGAGAAAGAGAGCCAUGCCCCGAUCCAAAUGUUACUAUAAAUUUGUACACAGAAGCUGAACCCUAUAAGAAAACUGUGGACCUCUUUAGUGAAGACUGGCUUCGUCAGAGUAGCUGGGAACCCUCCCACGAAACAAUUUUACUUAUUCACGGCUACGCUGGUGGAGAUGAUACACUGCCGAUAAUUGUUCUACGAGAUGCAUAUCUCCGUCGUGGCGGUUACAACGUUUUCAUGCUAGACUGGGGACAGCUAUGCCAGCCUCCGUGCUAUGUCGCGGCUGUUCACAACUUGCGACCAGUCGCACGGUGCGUGGCAGAGGCGCUUGCGACUUUGCGUCGCGCGGGUCUCAGACCUGACCGACUUACUUGUGUCGGACAUUCAUUAGGAGCUCACUUGUGUGGCAUUAUGUCCAAUUACUUAAACUUCAGAAUGAAUCGAAUUAUUGGGUUAGACCCAGCCAGACCUUUGAUCAGAUCAGCUCCCGCAUUACGUCUAGACCCUGGAGAUGCUCGGGCUGUCCACGUCCUUCAUACGAACGCAGGCAGGUAUGGUGAAGCAGCACGACUUGGUCAUGCAGAUUUCUGUCUAAAUGGAGGAAGAAGUCAACCCUAUUGUGAGGAUACACCAAAUGCAGCCCUAUGCAGUCACGUAUGGUCGAUAUGCUAUCAAGCAGAGAGCCUGUUCAGACCUCGUGCCGCUGUCCCUUGCGGCAGGCGCUGCUCAGUGAGAGUUCCACCAGCUAGAGCCUCCGCCUUGCCCGUGCCUUUGGGACAACCUGCGCCUAUGACAGCCUCAGGCGCAUAUUGCGUAGAAGAUUUUACAGCUCCAUUCUGUCCAGCUACGACAGGGUUAUCGGAUGGCGACGAUCGUUGUUGUCUCGACAAACAAUACGCGGCUGCGGCUACAACCAUUCAACCCCCAAGAACACGCCCUAGGCCAAUAGUAAGACUGCGUUCUAGACGGAUUAAAAACAUAUCUACCAAUACUACUUGGGACGAUUAUGAACAAUAAUAAGACAAAUCCAUUCUAGAGAAUAGGGUGGAAUUAGCCAGGUAAUUAAAGGCAAUAUCUCCAAGGAUGUGUAAAUAAAUUCUAUUAAAAAAGAAAUAUACUUAGUAGGAAAAGAAAUAUACCUAUCGUUUCAAUUACAUUCAAUAUUUAUUUCAUGACAAGUUUUAUUAAAUAUUUACGAAUUUCAGUUAGUUCAGUCAUUAUUAAUGUGUUUCUUAUUUGUGUGUGUUGAUAACAAUAGCACGAAUUUUUGUUCAUUUUGUAAUUUAUUCGUAAAUGUCGAUUUAAUAAUGUCAAUACCAUCGUUUCAUAAUUAAGAUUUAUUAUAAUUAAGAUCGCGAAUAAUAUUUCUAAUGAAUUGUUUAGUUCCAAAAACGCCCACGGAGCGUUGAAUCAGCGAAUUCCAGUUCAUUUAUUCAUAUAGUUAACACAACGUACACUUAUGAAUGUCAAAAACAGAAAAUUAUAAUAUGAAA